AUGGGUGUGGAGGAGUACUUGCCAUGGCUGCGCCGUGUCCUGCUGCGAAUCCAGGCCACUGUGGAGGAUGCCGACGGGCGGCAUAUCACAAACGAAGCUAUGCUCCGGCAGCUCCAGAUGCUGAGAGAAGCGAUGUACAAAGGCUUCUACCUGCUUGAUGCUUUCACGUAUCGGAUGCUUCAGCAACAGAGGGACAACGACGAUCAGGUUGGUGAUCACCCCUUGUCCAUAUUUUGUCCAGUCAAGCGCUUGUGCUUCUCUGCCAGGAGGAUGAACAUGGUAUUUCAAGGUGAUGGGGUAAAGGAGGUUCAGGAGACGCUAGGAAACCUGCAUAACAUCAUCCACGAUAUGGCAGAGUUCACCGUCUUCUUGAAAUGCUAUCCUCACAUCAGCCGUGAGCCUUACAACAAGUACUUGUUUCUGGAGAAGUGCAUGUUUGGCCGCCAAGCAGAGAUGGACAAGAUCAUGGGAUUCUUGUUAAAGCCAGAGCCUCCAGGAGCUCAGGGUUUGCAAGUGCUUCCUAUAAUUGGUCAGCCAAGAGUUGGGAAAAGCACUCUCGUUGAGCAUGUCUGUUACGAUGAGAGGGUGCACAAUCACUUCUCUUCGAUAAUUCUAUACAGUGGUGAUCCUACUGCUGCUCCAGAAGGUAGUGGUGUAGUGAAGAAGCAAACUGAUGGAUCAAAUGGAAGGUCACUUGUUGUCAUGGAGCUUCCUGAUGGUUUGGCUAUAGAGGAGAGGCAAUUCAGAAAGUUAUAUUCUUCAAGAAGCCACAUGCCACCUGGAAGUAAAGUAAUUAUCACAAGCAGAUCAGAGAAUAUCAUGAAACUUGGAACUACUGGAGCUAUUACACUGAAUUUUCUGUCUCAAGAAGCUUACUGGUACUUCUUCAAGGUGAUGGCUUUUGGAAGCACAGAUCCUGAUGAGCACCCAGAGUUAGCAUCGAUAGCAAUGGACAUUGCAGCAGGGCUAGAAGGAUCUUUCUUGGCCGCAAAUGUCAUCUGUGGCUUUCUGAGAGCUAAUAUGCACAAUAGAUUUUGGCGCAAGAUCCUCGAAUUGGAGAGAAACUGUUUAGAGAAGAACAUCCUCCUUUUUGGCAAACGUCCACAGACUCUUCUUCGGAAAAACCAAAUUGCAUAUGUUUGGAGCCUGUCCAACACUUCCUCCAUUUGGGUCAAAGUUCUUUUAUAUGAAACACAUUCUCCUGCAAAUGAAGUUCCAAAGACAAUGUUGCAUGACGUCCAAAUCCAAACUAUAAGUGCAAAAGCAUACAGGAAGCUGGAUGUCCUGGUGUGGAGAUCUCGCAUACCCCCAUACCAUAACUACACUAUGAGGUGUGAGAUAGAGGCAGCACAAGAGAUGAUGUCCAAGAAGAAGCGGCCUCACUCCAUGGUGUAA